AUGGAGGGAGAUCCCGGUGGAGGAUGUGGGAAGUGGAGCUGCCUCCUGCUCUGGGACAUCCUGCCGCUGCCGGGCCGAAUGGAGGGGAGCAGCGGGAUGUUGGACCCGCCAGAGGCCGGGCAGGAGUCACCCAGGACCGGGCAGGAGUUACCCAGGACCGGGCAGGAGUCACCCAGGACCGGGCAGGAGUCACCCAGGAUCGGGCAGGAGUCACCCAGGAUCGGGCAGGAGUCACCCAGGACCGGGCGGGAGUCACCCAGGACCGGGCGGGAGUCACCCAGGACCGGGCGGGAGUUACCCAGGACCGGGCAGGAGUCACCCAGGACCGGGCGGGAGUCACCCAGGAUCGGGCAGGAGUCACCCAGGAUCGGGCAGGAGUCACCCAGGACCGGGCAGGAGUCACCCAGGACCGGGCAGGAGUCACCCAGGACCGGGCGGGAGUCACCCAGGAUCGGGCAGGAGUUACCCAGGGAACAUGCCCUUACCCCAGCAGCGGGGCUCCGCCUGCACCGGGCACUGUCUUUCGCUGGCAGUGGGUUCCUGGUCACCUACCACCUGGGAGUGGCAGAGUGUCUGCUGGAGAACACCCCGGAGCUGCUGGAGACAGCGCCCAGAGUGUACGGGGCAUCGGCCGGCUCCCUCAUCGCUGCUGCUGUUGUCUGUGCGGUCAACCUCGAUCAUUUCUAUCAGAGCCUCAAGCGAAUUGCGAGACUGUCAAGGAGAUGGUUCCUUGGUCCGAUCCACCCUUUAAUGAACCUACUGCAGAAUGUACGCAAAAGUUUGGUGGAGAAUCUUCCCAAGAAUGCCCAUGAACUUGCCUGUGGGAGACUUUUCAUCUCCCUCACCCGGGUGUCUGAUGGACAGAACGUCCUGGUCUCUGACUUCACUUCCAAUGAGGAACUUGUCCAGGCAUUGCUGUGUAGCUGUUUUGUUCCUAUUUACUGUGGGCUGAUCCCUCCAGCUUUCCGUGGUGUGCGAUAUGUUGACGGAGGGUUGACCAACAUGCAGCCUUUAGACGAUGUGAGAACCACCAUCACCAUUUCACCGUUUGCAGGAGAGAUGGAUAUUUGUCCCAGGAACACUGCUGAUUGCUUCCUCAUCUGGUUUGGGAAAUGUAGCUUCGUGUUAUCGCCUGAGAACCUGCAUCGCGUUUCAUCCGCUCUCUUCCCACCUCAAUCUAAGAUUCUGCGGAGGUUUCUCUGGAAUGGUUAUCGUGAUGCCCUGCACUACUUGCUGCAGAAUGACCUGCUGAGUCCAGAUGCCUUGAUCGUAUCCAAGGUUCUAUCAAGUCAGUGCUGUAAUCCUCACACUCCCUCACAAAGGAGUGGGCAAGACACCAAGCAGCUGGAACAGGAGGCACGCUUCAAGGUUGGCUCUCUCCAAGACAGACUAGCUCAACACAAGACCCAGAUCCUCGCAGUGCUGCCAGCUGCAAGAGGCCAGAAGAGAGGCAUCACUGGCACAAUCACCAGUCUGGCCUCAUACCCAGUGCACUCCGUGGGAGCUCUGGCUCAGAGAGUAAAAGGAUGGUUCCCUGAUAUUCCAAAGGCUUUUCUUUGAUGUCUAAGCACGUUGAGGCUCAGUGGAUGACUCAGUAACUGCAGGGCUGCUGGCUACCAAUAGGAGGACAGUAUUUGCUGUUGUUUCCUUUUCCAAGGACUCGGACACUGCCACUUCAUUUCUUAAAGGACCUGAUGUACAAUUGUGGGUCUGGAGGUGGAGAGGUCACAUGAUAUCAACUGAUGUUCUCUGAGGCAACGAUUUGGGUUCAUAAGUGAACCAAAUAAUUCUUCUAAUUUUGUGAGAAUCCACUCGUGUUUGAGGUUCCCAUUCUCGAUUUCUUUCCCUCACUGAGUUUAACUCCCUGACUGUCAUUGUCAGAUUUGACCUUGUGUCUU